CAGGUCAUAUUUCGAACAAUACUUUUCCACAUGGCAAUUUCAGUUGUUAUUGUUGGUUGAGGGGCGACGACGCUCGAGGGAGCAAUUUCAGUGGUACUUGCAGUAGUCGUCCUCUUUCAUCAGCAACGGCAACAACCUUCUAGCACCUGAGGCAUCAUUGGCCAUCACAACCGAAAAAUGACAAAGAAGGCUGCUAAAGAAAUAAGGAUCCAAGAUAUGGAUGGAAAGAAAUGUAAAAAGAAGAGGAGAAAGACUGGCCAAAGCAUCAAGAAUGACAUGGAUGAGAUUCUGAGAGACCCACGAUUUGCUCAUGUGUCUACCGAUCUUAAACUUCGACAUGUACCAAAAGAGAAAAGGAAAGUAAAACUUGACAGCCGGUUUCACUCUGUUUUGACGGAUGACAAGUUCUAUGAAAAAUCCAUAAUGGAUCCACGAGGUAGGAAGGGAAACUACUCAACCAAGGAAGAUCUACUGAAGUUUUAUCAUAUGUCCUCUGAUGAAGACUCUGAUGAUGAGGAAGAUGACGAUGAGGAUAAAGGAGAAAAUGGUGAUGAAAAUGAAAGUAGAGGUGACUAUGAUUCUGAUGAAGAGAAGAGUGAGAGCCUGGAAAAGAAUGCAUCUUCAACCAAUCUAACAGAAAAGGAACAAAUUUACAAGACAGAAGCAAAGGAAGAGCCAGAAAUAUCAGAGAAAAUGAAUCAACUAUUACAAGACAUGACGCAGGACUAUGCAAGGGGUGAAGUGCUGUUCUCGGAUGAUUCUUCAGAUGACGACUCCACAACAAGUGACGAAGAUAAGAAUGAUGGAGAAUUUGAGUGGGGGGAACUCGACCAAGAUGCUGUCUGGGAUGAUGGAGAUACUAAUGUGGAAGAAACGUCACGCUUUGCUGUAUGCAACCUUGAUUGGGAUCGUAUUAAGGCUGCAGAUAUCAUGGUGUUGUUUUCUUCAUUUUGCCCAAGAGGUGGCUCUGUGAAGAAAAUCACUAUAUAUCCCUCUGAAUAUGGAAAGCAACGUAUGGCUGAAGAGAACAUGACUGGGCCACAAGAAUUGAAAUCAAUACCUGGGUGUGACAUUGAGGAUUCUGCUAAUGAUGCAGUAGAUCUAGAUAAACUUGAAAAGGGUAUGCUUGAUGAAAAUGCUGGAGCAACCAAAGCCCAUUAUGAGGCACUUCGACAAUAUCAGCGUAAUCGUCUUCGUUACUAUUAUGCUGUUGUCGAGUGCAACUCUAUUGAUACUGCCAAAGCUCUGUAUCAAGAAUGUGAUCGCAAACCAUAUGAAGGAGCUGGUAUUCUUCUUGAUCUGCGGUACAUUCCUUCACAUAUGACUUUCGAUGAGGCACCACAUGAUGUGUGUGAGACAGUCCCCAAGUCUUACGAGGUGAAGACUUUCAUCACUACAGCUUUACAUGACUCGCGCCCAAUUUUAACCUGGGAUGAAACUGACCCUGAAAGGAAGAAGACAUUAUCACAUGCCAUGAGUAAAGCCAUGAAGGGAGAAGAAAUAAACGAGGAUUGUUUAAAGGGCUUUCUUGCUUCAUCCAGUGAAGAUGAAGACAACAGUGACUUAGAAGAGGAGGAGGAAAACAGUGAUAGUGAGGAUGAAGCCACCAAGGCGUCCCAAAUUGCCAAGUUUAGAGCAUUAAUAAAUGAAAUUGAUGAAAAGGAAAGAAAAAAGAAAGAAAAAGAUAUUGAUAUGGAAGAAACCUUUAAUCUGGAAGAAGACUCUAGUGAGAACAGAGAGCAAACAAACAAGGAAGGUGCCAAAAUAACAGAGCAACUUAAUCCUUUUGAAAAAUAUUUGGAGAAAAGAAAGAAUAAGAGGAAAGAAAGAGAAAAAAGGAAGAAGAAAAAUGAUAAAGAUACAAGCUCUGAGGAGGAUAGCGAACACGAUGGUGCUAUAUCAGACGACGAUCUCCCAGAUAAUGUUGGAGAUUUGUACAACGAUCCCUUCUUUGCUGAGGAAUUAAAGAAGAUGGACGGCAGAAAAGAUACUAAGAAGAAAAAGAAGACUAAGAAAGACCCAGCUAAUACUGAAGAGCAUGAGAGUAAUGAGCAGGAGGAUCUUGAGCUGUUACUAAUGGAUGAGGAUGCCGAGGAAAAGAAGCACUUCAGUAUGAGAGAGAUUAUUGAGAACAGCAAGGAUAAGAAGAGGAGAAGGAAAAAGAAAGCAAAGAAGCAGCAAGAGAAACUAAAGCAGCAAGAGAAACUGAAGCAGCUAGCCUCUGAAGAUGACUUUAAGGUUAAUAUUGCCGAUUCAAGAUUUGCUCCCCUGCUCACAUCUGGAGAGUAUAAUAUUGACCCUUCACAUCCCCAAUUCAAACGCACCAAGGCUAUGGAUAAUCUCAUCAGUGAUGUGCAAAAGAAAAGGAUAGCAGAAUCUUUUGAAAGCAUUCCUGAUGCCAAAAGGAAGAAAGCAAGUGAAGAGAAGAACACGGAUCAUGAAUUGUCACUCUUGGUUAAGAGAGUGAAAAACAAAACCAAUAAAUCCAAGAAGAAACAAUAAAGAUCUACUAUUAACAUGGAUUUGGCAGUGAACAUUUAAGUACAAGCAACAGUAGUUGUUUUGAGACACUGAAAUGAUAGAUCAAUACUGUAUUCACACAUGAUGUCAGCUGUAAAUAUUAAUAUUGCAGGUUUUCUUUGAAAUGUAUUGUAAAAUGAGAAAUUUUUGUUUUGUAAUAUAUAUUUACAUCAGAACUAUGUAGUUGUUCUAAUUAUUUUCUCCAUUAAAAAAAAUAUUACCCAAGCAAAAGGAACACGAUAGCAAACAAGAGUCCAUGGGAAGAGAGAGAGAUAAGAAUAUUUUUCUGGAUUAUUCUGAGGUUAUCUAUUGGGAUGCCCCACACACUGUAUUGUCAUUUGCAGAGGAAUUUAUAAUAAAAUUCACUAUAUACUGUGUAUGAAUAUACAAUUAUAUAAAUUGAAUUAUUGUAAUGCUGCUUGAAACCUUUUCAUAAAAUACAAAACAAAAAAGGAAAUACUAUGUAAUAAUGGCACUAAUAAUACAUAAUAGCAAUUAAGAGGAGGGUUCCCAGGUACCCUGAGUACCUGGGAACCAAGCCACAUGUAAAGUAAUAUAUCAUUGCUCAAUAUGACUAAUAAUGAAGGAAUUUUAAUAAAUUUUUCUAAUUGCUGCUAUUUCCCAAACCAGUGCUAUGAUUAUUUUCCUCUGGUGAUAGUACUCCUAUUACCUAAACUAUAUAAUUUAUAUGCUCGAUUAAUAUUACUGUUGUUACUAAUACUAGUGGUAGUGUUACUAUUAAUUAAUUUGCUUUACUGCUACUACUACAACUGAUAUUAUAAAUUCCAAUUGCUUUCCUCUACAUUUCAAACUAUAACUUUGCAAAUUAGUACUAUUGAAACUUUACAAUUGCCACUAAUACCAUCACUGCUAUUAAUGUUUCCCUUCACCACUUGACCUGUACCAUGAAUAGCACAGGUACUAUUGUCCUUUAGUACUGCUUCUAUCCAUACUAGUUAAGGACUACUUUCUUCUAUUGCAGUAAUUCCACUUACAAUCUAUGCCAGUGCCCCACUGGGCAUUUUUGGUUGCUUUAACAUAUAGUCUCAUUGAGGAACAAUAUUAAAGCAACCAAAACUGCAUACUGGAGAGUAUGGCUACUCACCUGUUGGUAAUUAUGAUAAUUCCAUAAUAGUACUACAAUUUCUUUGCUCUAGUGCUAGUCAGCCUACUACCUGUACUGUUGAAACUACCCAUACUAGUACAGCUAAUACUUUCCUCUACUUUUCUAUUGCUACAUAGUCUUCCCAGCUUGGUACCUUCUUUUAAUAACUACUUACUAAUACUAGUAUUAUGGCUACUCUUGUCAACUGCUUCCCAUAUUAGUGUUGAAACUACUACCUGAACCAAAUGACUUCAUUUCUCUACUGGAACUACUACUACUACCACCACCAUCAAUUCCAUCCCCAAUUUUAGACCCUUAAAAGGUAGCUAUGGCCUUAGGAGCAUUUCUGCCAAUUCACGAAAUAAAAUGAAAAACUCUUUAUAAAAUUAUUUGGAUUGAAAAGUGGAGACAAACUUAAUAUCCAUAUUGUAGCCGGUUUCAUACACUACACAAAUUGAGCGUGUGGUGGCACCCAACCAAUCUGUUAACACGAGAGCUCUGUCAUCAAAAUGGGCUGCCUCAAGCCAUUCACAAUGUUGACCUUGGAUGUCUAGACGAUUGAUUAUAUGUACAGUAUAAUAUAAUAGAAUUGAUAUAGAUAUCAAUAUAUGUAGAUUGGAGGCCUGGUCGAGGACCGGGCCAUGGGGACGUCGAGCCCCGAAAUUUGUAUUUCGGGGCUCCUACUUAUACAAAUAGAAGCUGCCUCAUAUGGGCCAAUAGGCUUUCUGUAGUUCCUUUAUUAAUGUUCAAAUGAGGAUUAGGUGACUUGGUAUACUUCAUUACAACCAUAUGAGAAAAUCAACAGAGCAAAGGGCGGAUUGAACCAGCAUCUAGGGUACGGCAUGCCAGAGGCAUGCCGUACCCCUGAACCACAAAAAUUACAAGAGCUAUUGAACCCAGUCACUACUGUGUUCACUAAGGAUUUUGGAGGCUGCCACCUGUUGCCACAACUAGUUUUUACAAAUAGCCCAUAUGCACUCUGGAGUAACCUACGGGCUCACCAUAACCCAUGCUACCUGGAAUUUUUUGUUCCAGGUAGCGAAUCUUAAACAACAAACAUCUGGAGUAAGUAUGGAGUUCUUUACCAUUUCACUCCCUUCAAAUUCAUAAGGAAAUCAAAAGUGUGUGAUAUAUCAAUGAGAAAAUCACUGGAGCAGAGUCAGGGCUUGAACGAUUGAUCUUGGCGAACAUCAGACAAUGUGCAAAGCAGAGUCUGAAGUGAUCCGCUUUUACCCACCAGUGUAAAAAAGAAGUAAACGAGAACUUAAUAGAUGUAGCCAAUAUUGUUUGGACCAUGUGUAACAUAGAAGAGCCUACAUUUCUCAAUAAACUUUAUACAGUAUGC